AUGACUCUUGGACAUGGCGUCUUUCCCCUCUCACCCUUUUCUUCUUUUGUGAUUACUCCCUCCUCUCAUUGCAGCGUCGAAUUGGCUCACUCAGCGCGUUUUUCUUCUGUUUCAUUCUUUCUUUCGGGCGUGCUUUUUCUCCCUUUUGUUCUCGGGAUAUGUUUCCCUGCUCAAAGCAAGCUUGAGGCGGUGGUAUCUCCUGCUUUCCCGGCCCCGCUUGCGUUGAACUUUUGUAUUUCUUAG